AUGGCCGAGUUUGGGCCAAGGGCAAGCCACUGCCUGUUCACAUGGAGCCAGGCCCCCCCACCAGGCAUCGUGCCCUUAGACUUGAGCACAUGGCAUCGAAAGGCAGCACUGGGCUCAGGGCCAGCCAGGGGACCCCUGCUGUUGUCCCGGCGAGAGCUGGUGGAGGCUGCACCAGGGGGAAAAGCAGGAGGCAAGGAGGCCUACUUCCGGUGGGCACUGUUGGGUGGGGCCGGUGUCGAGGCACAGAGGGCAGGAGGACACAGGCCUGGUGGAGCGAGCCCGGAUGGCAGCAAGCGCCGGGAGGGCACGAGGCAGGGGAGAGGCCAGGGGCCGCUGGAGGGGGCCCUGGGGAAGCACAAACGCGAGGAGGCAGCCGCCGAGCCCGAGUGGGCUGGGGCGCGGCCGGUGGGAGAGCACGACCGGGGCCGACCCGUGGCCGUGGCCGUGGCCUUGGGAGCCGACAGCCGGCCCGGGCCCCGCGGGCGCCGCGCCCCCUGCACGCGGCCGGCGGCGAUCUGGGAAGACGCGCAGCUGCGGGGCGGGGGGCCGGCCGGGCCGGACGGAGGCCCUGGGGGCGGGGCUAAGGGCGCGGGGCGGGGCAAGCGGUGCCCUCCCGCGCGCGCCCCUGAGACUGCGCGCUCUGCCCGCUCCCGCCCAGAGAAAGGACCCCUGAGGGCGGAGUCUUUCUCCACAACUCCGACUUCUGGUCUCUGGGCGUUUUCCCUCCGGGUGGAAAACCCGCCGCCCUCCAGGCCCCGGCCCCAGCGGUGGGCGCCUCCUUACAGGUCGGAGGCCGGGGCCUCUGGACCCCAAGGUUGUCUGGCCAACCCAGUGUACAGUGAAGAGCCUUUUCCUGUGUUCCCUUUGCCGCGAAUACUUGUCUGGCCCGUCCCCGUGUCUGGAACCCUGCGUAGACUCCUAGAGCCCAGACAAACGCCCGGGGGGAGGUACGGCCCCGGCCGCGGGUGGCCUUCUUGUCAGAAGGCCUUCACUCUGCACCUGUUCGCUCGUUGCCGGUCUGUGGCGUCUAGAAUGUUCAGGGGGCCGUGCGGGAGUCAGCCCGCGGACAGGCGGGACUUCAGAAGGCAGUCUCCUCAGGGUGGGGAGCUCCUCCUCUUGAGGGGGUCAAAUCCCAACCCUCUUUACCAUCAAAGCUCCUCUCUAGAUGCCCGUGACCCUGGGACCACAGAGCCCUGGACGCUCUGGAAGUAGACGCAGUUUGCCCAGCUGGCUGAUUUUCCUUCUCAGACUGGCUUAUCGGUGAGACCCAGGCUGGCCCAAGUCCGGAGCAGCAGAUGCCUAGACCCUCUCUUGGUUUCUCGGACUCCCCAUGUUCUUUUCUUGUUUGUUUCGUGUCUGUGUCUCUCACUGGGGUCUUGGCCCCACGAGGGCAGGGGCGCCCUGUCCUCUGUUACUGUGGGUUGUCCCCGGGGUCCACACCAGGCCCUGGCCCAGGGGAGAGAAGGACCUUGUGUCCAAGGUGCUGGAAAGUCUUUGACUGACAGCAAACACGCCACCGACGUAUUACCUACAUUUGUCCUCUUCCCAUUGUUCUGUGACAAUUAAAAUCCUUUCCUUGCUGUUUCCUCAGUGUAUCAUUUGAUGGUGCUAAAUUAAAGCCCCAUUUUAUCUGAAGCUCAAGCUUUAU